AUGUCCACCAUGGCUAAUUCUGAAGCGCCCGCAUCUGAUGCUCUCGUCAAGUCGGAGCAUACUCCUGCGCCGAAGCCUUACGCGUCGCGCACGCCAUUGCAUGAACUGCAGCAGGCGUUCCUCGACAUGCGCCUUACGAUGUUCAUUCACUAUAACAUGGCAACGUACCAAGACCUGGAGUGGGGCUCGGAUCGCGGACCAGUCGACAUCUUCAAUCCUACGCACCUCGACACAGACCAAUGGGCCAGAGCCGCGUUGAGUGCGGGCAUGAAGGGCGCGUUCUUGACGACAAAGCAUCACGACGGGUUCUGCAUCUGGAACACCAAUACGGGUACACCCAGUCUGCGGGAUACACCUUGCAAGAGGGAUGUCGUAGGGGAAUAUGCAGCAUCGUUCCGCAAGCACGGACUCAAGGUCGGCCUUUACUAUUCCAUCCUCGAUAAACGCAACGAUAUUCGGCACUUCAACGUUACCCCUGAGAAGAUCCAGCUCGUCAAGGACCACCUCACGGAGCUUCUCACAAACUACGGCGAUAUCAACAUGAUCAUCUUCGACGGUUGGUGCGCGCCCUGGAGUCGCAUCCCGUACACCGAGUUCCCCUUCGAUGAGAUAUAUCGCCAUGUGAAGUCCCUCCAGCCAGAUUGUCUCGUCACGGACCUGAACGCGUCGCACUAUCCCCCUGCCGGUCUCUUUUACGGCGAUAUCAAAGCUUUCGAGCAGAACGCCGGCCAGAUCCUACCCUCGGAAUCGUAUUUGCCCGCAUUCUCAUGCGUCACCCUCACCGACGGCUGGUUCUUCAAGACGCGCGACUACUACGCCGAGCCGAAGAGCACUUACCAAGUUGUACACGACUGGCUGCUCCCACAGAACGCGCGGCACUGUACCCUCAUUGUCAAUGCUGCACCCGCGCGUGAUGGUCGCCUUGCGCCUAACCUCAUCGAGAGACUGGCAGAGAUUGGGCGUGCAUGGCACCAUCCUGGCCCGGCUCCGCUUCUGGAGGGGUACAUGGCACCCGUUACUACGAAUAACCUCGCACAGGGAUGCCACAUCCGCUGCAGUGGUCAUGAUGACACUGGAGGACCGGAUCUCGCGAAUAACGGAGAGGUCCAUUCGACGUGGUAUACUCCAUCCGGCGAUAAGGAGGGUUGGCUCGAAGUGAAGUUCCCGCGCCCGACGGCGUUCAAUCGCGUACUCUUCGCUGAGCCUGUACGUCGUUACGCGGACUACCCGGUGAGCCGGGUUGGUGCGUACCGCUUCGUCGCCUUCGUUCCGAAAGCGCACGGAGACGGCCACGGCGAGAAAGGCGGUCAUAAGGAGGACGGUGUCUGGCUGACGCUCGUUGAUGGCGCGCGGCCUGAGCGUGAUACGCAGGAUCAUUGGCUUGAUGCCCGUAUCGUGGCCACUAAGAUCCGCUUUGAGUUUGCGGUCGUGCAUGAUACGGCGCAUAUCAAUGAGAUCGCGGUAUACGACGAGCCGGUUCGCGAGAAAGGUUGGGAUGGCAAGACUGAAGAGAGCGACUCGGAAUGGGUCAAGGCGUGA